GCUAUGGGAACGUCUAGUAACCGCAGUCCGUCCUCAAUUAGCUUUUUGCUAGGUCCAUGUUAACCGACAAAACCUUCAAAUUACCGUGAAAACUUGAUAUUUACUUUGAUUCGUGGUUAAACGGCUUUCCCCCGUGGCUAUGGACAGGUAAGCAGUGGUCAACUCAAAAGACACCUCAAUGUAAGCCUUAAAUCAUGAUACCAACGGUUCUCUAGGGGGACGGGUUUUUCGCUACAUGCUAAGCUACAGCUCUGAGUUCAGGUGAUAUAGCGCCUAAUUGAAUAUUGGAAAAUCACUUGUAGGCUAUAAUUAGAUGGCUGUUUUCAGUCCGUCAAGCAAGGGAGAGUGGGGUUAGUUGAGCCAAAGGGUAAGUUGAGCCACCCCCCUUUUGCUUGGAAAUGGUAAAAAAAAAAAUUGAUGAUGUGACCAAAUAUUUAGGAGAUGGUCAUCAAUUCAUGGAGUCUGUGUAGGUUAGAAGCACAUGAGUGAAGGGGUUAGACAUUUAUCUACAAAAAACAUUUUUUUCACACAUGAAAGUGAAUUUAGUCUGUCAUAAGUUUUAUUAGAAUUGUGAUCAGACCAAAAAAGAUAAUUUUAAAUUUGUUUUAAACAUCAAUUGUGGUAUCAAUGAGCUACAACAUGAGGUCAAAAACCCAUCAUAAAAGUCCAACAUUUUAGCUUAGAGGACUAAUAAAGUCAUCAUAGUAGUUCUGAGAAAGUAAAGGAGUCUGAUGGGAGGUUCAGAGUUUCAGUUCAGAGUGUUGAAAUGUGUUACUUUUUCUUUUCACAAAUACAGCUGUGAAUGUUCAGAAUCACUUAAAGACAUUCUCGUGUUAAAAUGGCUUUUUACAAAACAGCUUUUUAGCAGUUAUAAUAAGUUAAUAAUAAUAAAAAGAAUUAUUGCACCAGUUGAAUAGUGUAUAAUAGAUAAAAAUACACAUGAAUGUGAAGAAGUGACUGUUAUUUAGGGAGAGAGAAGGUGAGGGAGGGCUGGGGUGGAGAGUGGGGGGUAGUAGGGAUACGGCUCAACUUAACCCGCUCCUAUGGUCAACUUACCCCAUACAUGGGGUAAGUUGAUCAUUGGAGACCAAUUUUUUUUGGCAUGCUAUUUUAUCAAGACAGUUAUGUUUACACUCACUCUGUUGGUUUGCAGGGAUGCACAACAUCUUGAAAUAUAUGCAGAUACUUGUUACAGACAAAUUUAUGAUUGCCUUGACGUAGUGAUUCGAAAUAUGAAAAACAGCUCAUCUUACCACACUCUCCCCUGUAUUGUAUCUGUCCCAAACCAAUGAGCUAUAAAUAAACAGUAUUAGUAUUGGUUUAGUACGUUAGUAUUUCAGGAUGACUAAUUUAUUCAAUAAAUUAACCUUUAUUGAAUUGAUGAGUCUUUAUUUCAAUCUUAAUAAAUCAACUAGCACUUGCAAAACUGAACAUGAUUUAAUUUCUGUUGUUCUGUUGUCCAGGUCAGAGUGUUCAGGGCAGUCCUUCACUGGUUCAGAGAAACAGGUAAAAUAUAGAUAAACAAUCCGCUGUCAUUUAGGGUUUACUCAUACCUGUACUCUAAGGUUGGGGUUGCUUUAUGCCCUAUGUACAACAGGUUUACAUCCACAAUUCCAUUGUUCAGUGCAACUGCGUGUGUCCAAAAAAAUCAUUAAUGGACUUUUUCUGCCUUUUUAUCUCUUUACCUGGUAGUCAGAAGUUACCUCUAUCCAUGCUGAGAAGCACAAAGAAAGAGGUAAGAAGCAACGUAGACUCUAAAUCAGAAUUAAAAUAUAAUAUUCAGCCUCUUUUAAGUGUGCAGCUUUGAAAGACUUCAGCCUCAUGUUGCCAAUAUAACACAAAUAAUUACUGCACUGAAGUGUGCAACCUCCAGUUUGGCUGUUAGGGUGAAACUUAUAGUAAUAAGGCCCUGAUCCACUAUAACUAGAUGAUAUACUCUGGUAGGUAGUGUGAGUGGAAGGAAAAAAUCUUAAACAAGAUGUGAAAUCUCAAAAAUGAGGAGAACAUUUAGUAGGCCACACCAAAAUAAGACAAAAGAUGUCAAAUUGAUAAAAUACUUUGCAAAAAUAUCCCCUGCAGAGGAAGAAAAAAUGAAACAUUAGUCCAACAUAAGUCCAACAAACUGGCUCUCCUCACAGCCUCACAUCACCUAGACUGUUAAUUUCACUCAGCUCAUAUACUCUGCUACCUGCAGCUUUAAUCACAGCCUCACAGAAUUCAGGUGUGGCCGCUCUCACCUGCAGACAAUCCAAAUGAGAGAAGCUGCAGCAAUAACAAAAGUGGAAACAGAUUUGAAAACAGAAUUACCCCAAAGGAAAAAAACACACACACACACACACACACACACACACACACACACACCUGUGCAUUCAGAGCCAAAAACCUCAAAUAUACUUUUAGAGUGACUAGAGUGAGUGACUAGCAUUAGAUUAUCAAAGUAAGACUUCACACUUAUUGGUUUCUGAUUCUGAGUUUCCAAGCUGGAACCUGCUGAAACAUGGCUAUUCAUUUAAGGACUAUUCGCCGUAAGGGUGGCGUUGUUUCACACAGCUUUGCAGAACUUUUCAGUUAAAAACUGUUUCUUAAUAGGCAGAUUGCAAGUUUUGUAAUCUAAGUGGGCUCAUAAUACAAAGUGCUGUAUAAGCUUCUGGCAUGUACAAACCUGUGCAAAUAUGAAUAAAAUGAUUGUGAAAGAUUUAGAGAGAAAGAUUUAGAAAAUCUUUUGUACCAACAGCCAUCAGGCUUUAUAACUCUUAUGUAAAUAAUAGAUAACAUAACAUAUUAUGUGAGACAACAGAAAAUUGAAUUUCCCUUCGGGGAUCAAUAAAGUUCUUCUUCUUCUUCUUCUUCUGAUCAUUUGUGUUUUAAUUCUUAUCUGGCACAAGUCCAGUAAGCUGAACGUUUGGUUAAUAGUGUUGGGAAACAGACUUUCGUCACACAUCAAAGAGAAAAAAAUUCACACGUUUCAUGAUUUCGAAGUGUUAAUUGUUUCUGGCUCACCUUGAGGCUGCCUUCUUCAGGAAUCCGGUAGGAUAAAACCAAGGUCUGUUGUCAGAAUUACAUUCAAAGUAAUAGAUGAACAUAUCAUACCCCCAACUCAUAGUUUGAUAUCUGAUAAAACUCUGAUUUUAGGGUCAAAAAGCAAGAACAUCAUACUGCAGAGGUGGUUGAAGAGCUGAAAAUAAAAGACUUGAGGACAGUGCAGAGCACAGACUCAGAACAAACAAGUAGAUUAUUGCGAAGUCCUUUAAAUUUCAAAGAAAUAGACAGGGAGUCAAGACACUUUGGUUUCCCUUGAGUAACAGUUAUUUACAUUUGGUUGCCAGGAGAAAUGCAACGCAUUUUUCCUCAUCCGAGUGAGAAGGAGAGAGAGCAAACCGAGGAAGAGGAUGAAGAAAUCAAGAGACCAGUGGAGCUGAAAAUUGAGGUGAAGUGACUGACCACUGUCAGUGAUUACAUAUUUCAGGGUCUAUUGAGAAAAGGCUUAAGAUCCAGACAAUAUAUUUUGUGUAUGUCCACAAAAUUUUUAAUCCAUUACCAAUGUUGGUCAGAAUUCUGCCUUCAUUACAUUCAGAUAUUGUGUAUUUAAAUGUUAAAGAUUGACAUUUAACUUAUGUCGCUCCAGUUCCUCAGAGCUUUGAGGGAGAGAGACUUCGAGCAGGCCUGUAAACUAUGUCAGAUGAGUGAGUAUCCUGCAUCCAUCACCUGUGUGUCAGUAUCUGUGUUUGGGAGUCUGUCAAUAAAUCAGACAAUGUUCCCUCUUCUCUGCUUGUUCCAGUUCUCAUCUAUGAACCAGAAAACCCAGAAGCCUCUGAGUUUCUCCCUCUGAUCAAGAGGAGGCUGCUGGAAGGUGAGAGUCACUGUCUUCACAUGCAAACAGAAACACUUCAAACAGUCAUGGAUGUUUCUUCUGACCAAUCUUCUUCAUCAGAGCACGAGGCAGAGCAAAGCAGCAGCGAGGAAAAUGAAGAGGAUGAGGAAGAGGAUGAGGAUUCUGAUGCCUCUGGAAGUGAUGAGGAGUCAUCUGAAAGCUCAAGCUGCUCUUCAGUGUGCUCCUCUUCCUCACCAACAGAUGAGGAAGAUAAUGAUGGAGGAGAAGAGCAGCUGAACAGACACAAGCUGUGUCCUCCCUCUCAAAUUUAUAAAUGAAGCUUUUAAACUGAUUCCCCAGAAAGCUCCUAACAAUAGAUAUUCCUUGUUCCUUUAGUGCAGUGGUUCUCAAGUCCAGUCCUUGAGGCCCACUGUCCUGCAU